AUGGACUUGGUACCAGCGCCGAGCGGGGAGACCCCGGUGAAGUCUCCUGUAGUCGAAGUGGAGGCCGUGGACAUUGCGGGCCAGGUCAACGCGGAGACCGUCGCGCUGGAAGAAGCCUCGUCUGAGUAUGAAACAGACAGCGAUGAUUCAGAGGGCUGGGACACUCUGUCUCAUAGCGAGGACACCAUCCAACUUCUGCGCGAUGAACAGCUACGAGAUGGGCUUGGUCUGGAUAUCCAACUCCCCCCCUUUACCCCGGACAUCCCCGCGAUCGGAAUCCACAGCGCUCUAACUGACAUUUUUCGCGCAACAGUCCCCGGCGCCUGUACCCUAGAUGAAGCCGUCGCGUUUCGAAAGCGUCUUCACACGAUCGGCAAGGCAGCCUUUGUGGAAGAGACCGUUGCGCGGGAGACCGUGACCGCGAAGAAGCUGUGUACGGCAUUUGGAAUCAUGCCACCGGCUUUUCUAGAGGGAGCACCAGAUGAAGCGUUUCAUCCCCUGCUUGCCAUUGCGAUAUCACGAGAGUUCUCUCGGCGACCCAAACUUCCUCAAUAUAACUCGAUUGAAGAUGCGGUCCGAUUGCUGCAGGAGGCCAAAAACAUCAUCGUAUUGACUGGCGCCGGCAUCUCCACUAGCCUUGGUAUACCCGAUUUUCGUUCGAAGGAUACCGGCCUGUAUUCCAAGUUGGAGCAUCUGGGUUUGAGCGAUCCUCAGGAGGUCUUUGAUAUUCAGGUCUUCCAGGAAGAUCCCAGCAUCUUCUUUUCGAUCGCUAAGGAUAUUCUCCCUACCGAGAAGAAGUUUUCCCCUACCCAUGGAUUCAUCAAGCUACUUCAGGACAAGGGAAAGCUGUUGACCAACUAUACUCAAAAUAUUGACAACAUUGAGGCAAAUGCGGGGGUCCUACCGGAGAAGAUCGUACAGUGCCAUGGAUCCUUCGCAACUGCCACCUGUGUCAAAUGCAAUUUCAAAGUCCCUGGUGACGCGAUUUUUCGCGAAAUCAAAGAAGGAAUCAUUCCCGAGUGCACCGUCUGUCGCGAAGCAAUCGCACAGGAGGCACUCAAACCGCAAGGUCUCAAACGGAAGAGAAGCUCAAAUGGACAACACAAAGACCGCAAGGGGUUCGAAGAUAGCUCGGACGAAGAUGACUACGAGAUCCCGACUCCCGGUGUGAUGAAACCUGACAUCACAUUCUUCGGUGAAGAUUUGCCCGAUGAAUUUGGUCAACGGUUGGUUCAUCAUGAUCGAGAACUGGCCGACUUGGUCAUCGUCAUUGGCACAUCCCUCAAGGUAGCCCCCGUUGCAGAAGUGCCGGGGAUUUUACCUCGGAAUGUCCCUCAGAUUUACAUCUCACGGACUCCCGUAUCACACACCGAUUUUGAUAUUGAUCUUUUGGGCGAUAGCGACGUGGUAGUAUCGGAGCUCUGCCGUCGGGCCGGGUGGGAUUUGCAACAUCAUAUGAUACCCGCAGAUGAGAAGGUUGAGAUUACUCCCGUAGAGGGAUAUGAGUCACGACAUGUGUUUAAGGCGGUUGGCGCAUAG